ACAGAUUCACACCGGCCCUCAAAUUUAACGCCGCUGUCUCCUCUCCUCCCUUCCAAAUUCUCAGCCACCUGCCAAAUCGGAAAAUGGGGUCACCGUCGUCGACGCCACCCUCCGGCGGCCUGCCGAUGAGAAAGAGCGGGAGAAGAUCCGGGUCUCGGAGGAGAAGCUGCGAGCUCCACCAUCACAAGACCCAACGGCCCCUCUCCGGCACCGGAGAUUCGGUUUCCGACAAGCUGGAGGCUCUGAAGCAACUCAUUCCCUCCCACGAUGAUGAAGAGAUUAAAGGCGACCAGCUGUUCCAAGAAACCGCCGACUACAUCGUUCUUCUCAGAACCCAAGUCUUGGUUUUGCAGAAGUUGAUUGAUUUUUACGGGUCUUCCAACAACUCCGGCACCCAAAAUCCUCUGUCGUAGGUAGCCUUGUCCCUCUUCUCAGAAUCCCGAAAAAGUCUCAGAAAAACAGAAAAAAGCAACAAAAAGAUUCUUUCUUUCGUUCGUUCUUGGGGGUUGGGGGUGGGUGUUUUAAUUUCUGCCGUUUAGCUUUCAAGAAAUGCAAUGGGUGGGUAGUUGAGUACUCAUUCCCAAGAUUCAACUAGUAGUCAUCAAUCAUAUAGUAUCACAAAGAUUUUAAUCUUUCCUUUAGCACCUAUCAUGUAUAUUCCAGUUGAGGCCGGAAUUCCUGUAAAAUUUUCUUCAAUCUCAUGAAAUACGACUACAUUAUUAUUAGAUCAAA